AGCUCCGAUUGGAUGAAUAUGAGAACUGCGGCGUGUAAGGGGAGUUUCAAUUGGCAAGAGUUUUCAAGCAUGUGUCCACAGCGGUGUAUUGUACAGUCCUGUUUAACAAUGGAGGAGGCGAACUUUACGGCGUCCUGACUGAAGUACAAGUUGAAUAUCCAGUAAAGCAGACGACUGAUUCAUAUUUCUGUUAGGCUACGUUGCAUAUUGAGUGCGUUGGGGCAAGCCCAACACUUUCUAAUGGAGCUAGAGGUGGAGUGGUGGAAAGGCCAACUUGCCGGAGACAUAUACCAAGCUCUUCGCUACAAAGUACGGCUUCUUUGUGAAUAAUUCGCCUAUUUACUCUCAUCCCGAUGUUGUCUUCAGACGGGGUCAUUUUGUUGUCGGAGCUCAAGUUGCCAACCUACAAAGGGCAGUCUCCCCAACUCACCCUCAGGAGGUACUUUGCAGAUCUAAUUGCCAUUGUGAGUAAUCGCUUCAGGCUUUGCCCCACGGCAAGGCACCUGGCUGUCUACCUGCUGGACCUGGUCAUGGAUCGCUAUGAUAUCUCUGUGCAGCAGCUGCACGUGGUUGCCCUCUCCUGCCUGCUUCUUGCCAGUAAGUUUGAAGAAAGGGAGGAUCGUGUCCCUAAGCUGGACAUGCUCAACAGCCUGGACUGCAUGAGCUCCAUGAAUCUUGUGCUGACCAAGCAGAGCCUGCUGCACAUGGAGCUUCUCCUGCUGGAGACCUUUCAGUGGAACCUGUACCUGCCCACCGCCGCCCACUUCAUCGAGUACUACCUGUCCAUUACCGUCCAGGAGUCCGACCUGCACGGCGGCUGGCCGGUGGCCAGCCUGGAGAAGACGAGCCUGUAUGUGGCCAAGUACGCCGACUACUUCCUGGAGGUGUCACUCCAAGACCAGGUGUUCCUGAGCUACGCCCCGUCGCUGGUGGCUGCAGCGUGCGUGGCUUCCUCUCGGGUCGUCCUGCGCCUGUCCCCCACCUGGCCGUCCCGUCUCCAGCGCCUCACGGUGUACUCCUGGGAUCACCUGUCAGCCUGCGCUGAGCGCCUCCUCAUUGCCCAUGACAACGAUGUGAAAGAGGCCAACAGGCAGAAGCACCAGCAGCCCAGCCCCCAGCCCAGCCAGGCGCUGUUCCCCGUGCAGGGACAGGUGUCCACCGUGCCCCAUUACCUGCCCCGCCCCGCCCAGCACUUCCCCCAGCAGCCCUGUCAGCCCGUACCUGGCUCCACUCACGGCUCUGCUCCGUUUAUGCCCCACCUCAACACGCAGCAGUCAGGCGCCCAAUCACAUGGCCACCUUCAGCCUGUUGGCCACGCCCAUUCCGCCCCUCUGGAUGCCAAACCUAGCGUCCCCUUUAACAGGGGCUACCAGGUUAACACACACUACACCUGUGCUCCCCCCUGCUUUGACCGGUGAUCAUGGGAGCUCAUCACAAAAGCAGUUGUGCCUGUUUAGGGUGGGGGUGGGGU